AUGGCCACUCGUGGCCUUAGCCUCCAUGGGGACGAUCCGAGAAGUGACAGCCAUGGACAUCUGACACGAGUAACCCUGCACGUCCUGCGUCGAGAUGAGGUAUCGGGACUCGAGAAUGGUUCCUGCAGGGAUGCGACUAGUCUUCACGAACUACUUCCUGAAUGGGCGAAGGCAGACUAUGCAUAG